AUGUCGCUCUUGAUUCCCGGUCCAGUGACCAUCACGAAGAACGUCCAAGAAGGUUUGAACGCAAACUCGUUGUCCCACACGGGUCCACAGUUCACCACGAUCUUCCAGUCCGCGUUACAGAAUCUGAAGCGCGUCUACAAUGCUACACAGGCAGAGGGGAACCUGCCCCUGAUCAUCGCGGGGAGCGGGACACUGGGGUUCGACGUCGCGGGGACUAACUUCGUGAACCCGGGGGAUAACGUCCUGCUCGUGUCCACCGGGUUCUUCUCAGACGAGUUCGGCGAGUGUCUCGAAACGUACCAUGGUGCUAACCUCACCGUGUUGAAACCAGAUACCGUCGGUGGGGUUGUGCCCCUCGACGAGAUCGCCACGGAGUUGCGGGCCGCGAACGGUAAGUACAGGGCCAUCGUGGUGACUCACGUGGAUACGUCCACCGCGGUGCUGAACGAUGUCGGGGCCAUUGCUGCGGUCACUCACAGGGAGUCCCCCAACACGUUCGUCAUCGUUGACGCAGUGUGCUCUCUGGGCUGCGAGGAACUCCAGUUCGAUAAGUGGCAGCUCGAUUUUGUGCUGUCCGCAUCGCAGAAGGCGGUCGGUGCACCACCCGGCCUGGCCCUCGGGAUGGUCUCCCCACGCGCGCUGGAUUUCGCCCUGCAGAAACGGCCCACGGGGUCCUUCUACGCGUCGUUGAAGAAGUGGGCGCCGAUCCUACAAAGCUACGCAGGCGGGCAAGCCAAGUACUUCGCCACGCAGGCGACACAGUUGGUCUCGUCGCUGGACACAGCUCUGCAAGAACUUCUACAACGCGAGUCUGUCACACAUCACAAAGAACUGAGCGAGUGGUUCCGGUCGCAGAUCACGCAGCAACUGCACUACAAACUCGUCACCACCACGAGCGACGGGGGGGCACACAUCGCUCACGGACUCACCGCGCUGUAUGUGGAUGACCCUGCGAAAGCAAUCCAAGAGAUUAACAAAACUGCGGGUGCCAUCAUCGCUGGCGGGAUUCUCCCAGAGAUCAAGGACAAGUACAUCAGAGUCGGCCACAUGGGUGCGAGCGCCACGCGCGACACUUUACAGCUUGUCAUUGAGGCGUUGGCUGCCUCGCAAUAG